UGUCAAACCAGUAAAACUCCUAGAGCAUGUUAAAAUGGUUGGUUUGUGGCUUUCAAGUUUAUAUUGAUUGCAGAACUGCGGAUUUCCCUUUCCUCAGCAGAAGCAGCAUGGAAUCGCUGAAUUGCUCCCUGAAUGAGGCAAUCACUAUUGGACUUGGGUUCUUUAUCAGCUUUUUCUUCUUUGUGUAUAAGCUGAGGAGCAAUGGCAGGAAACUGAAGUUGCCUCCUGGACCACGUCCAUGGCCUGUUGUAGGAAAUCUCCAUCUCCUGGGAAACCUUCCUCAUCAGGCUUUGGCAGCUCUGGCAAAGAAAUACGGACCCAUUUUUUUUCUACGCUUGGGCUCAGUCCCCACAGUUGUGGUAUCUUCCCCUGCCAUGGCAAAAGAGUUCCUCAAAACCCACGAUUUGGCCUUCGCCAACAGACCAGUAUGUGCACAUGGGAAAGAUGUAUGUUAUAAUCAUCAAGAUGUGGCAUAUGGCCUCUAUGGAAAGUACUGGAGGCAUCUGAGAAAGCUGUGCACAGUGGAGCUUCUCACAGCGAAGAGAAACGAGUCUUUCAGAUUCGUGAGAGAGGAGGAGGUAUCUGCCAUGGUGGCCUCCAUCUGGAAGGAAAGCGAGCGUGGAACAAAGUUUGUGGAUAUGAAGAAGAGGCUCUCCAACCUUUCUCAAAAUAUCAUCUGCAGAAUGUUUGCCAGCAGAACGUACUCUGAUGACGAAUUGAAUGGAGGGCAGGGUUUCAAAGAAAUGGUUAACGAGGUAUUUUCUGUGGCCGGGGCGUUUUGUGUUGGCGAUUUUGUUCCUUUUCUUGACUGGCUGGACUUCCAAGGAAUCCAUCGUCGCAUGAGGGCUGUUCACAAACUAUUGGACGGAUUUGCUGAGAAAGUAAUUGAUGAGCACAUUGAUGGCAGAGUGGGAAAAGGAAACCCUAACGAAGAAGAUCGUGUUCAAGACAUGGUAGACGUGCUGCUUGACAUGGCGGAAACGGAGGGCCAGAUAAUCUCACGAGUCCACAUCAAAUGCAUCAUCAUAGAUAUGUUGAGUGCAGGAACAGAAACAUCGUCGACAUUAUUGGAAUGGGCAAUGAGUCAGCUCCUGAGGAAUCCUGCCAUGCUGGCUCGAGCACAGCAAGAGAUCGAAUCAGCGGUGGGCAGAGACCGCAGAGUAAAGGAGAAUGACGUUGUGAAGCUAGACUAUUUGCGAUGCGUGGUGAAAGAAACUUUUCGGCUACAUCCGCCAUUACCUCUGCUCAUUCCGCACGAGUCGAUGGAAGGCUGUGACGUGGAAGGAUAUUUCAUUCCACCAAAGACGAGGCUGUUUGUGAAUGUGUGGGCAAUGGGAAGGGAUGAAAACAUUUGGGAAGAUGCUCAGCAGUUUAAGCCAGAGCGGUUUAUAGGCAGUAAUAAGGAUGUAAAAGGUCAGGACUUCGAUUUGCUGCCCUUCGGAACAGGAAGAAGAGGAUGCCCUGGGAUUUCCUCGGGUCUUUCGACUGUUGAGUUGGCACUUGCUCAGCUGCUUCAUUGCUUUGAUUGGACUGUGGAGGGUGAGGUGGAUUUGGAGGAAGAGUUUGGAUUGGCUAUUCCCAGAAAAUAUCCACUGUUUGCCUGUCCUUCGUGGAGGCUCACUGCUGAGUGUCUUAUUUAAGAAACUAUUUCCCAUCCUCCUUACUGCUAUUGCAUAUUUAGUAUUAGUAAAUUCAUAAUGUACUCCAGUAAAGGGCAGUCGUAAGUGUUCUCAACUGUCAUGACUAGUUAAUAGGGGUUGUCAAGCAAAAGUGUGUAGCACAAGAAUAUUUUUCAGAUUUCCUCCACCGUAUUGAGUGCAUCAGCUCCAGAGAUUUCUGUUCCCUCGCCAUUUCAGAUUGUACUGCAAAUGUUACAACAAUAUCUUAUUUCAGAUUUGAUUUGUUGUGAGUGUGAAAUAGACAGUUUGGUCUUGCUUUUGUGAUUUUAAUUUACAAUAAUUAAUAUUGUAAUAC